AUGAUUCUUGGAAAUCAAGACUCGAAGCAAAUAUUUUACUUUUUGUUACUCAAUCUCUUGUACAUGUUUGUUCAACUAGCUUAUGGUGUAUGGACAAACUCUUUAGGCCUUAUUUCAGAUGCCAUUCAUAUGUUCUUUGACUGUCUUGCUUUAGGUGUAGGUCUAUUUGCUUCUGUUUUGAGUAAAUGGCCAUCGAAUCAAAAGUAUUCAUAUGGGUAUAGCCGUAUUGAAACUGUUGCAGCUUUUUUUAAUGGCAUCUUUCUUGUUUUAAUAUCUGUUUCAAUUGUUAUGGAAGCCAUUCAACGUCUUAUUCAUCCACCAGAAAUGAGCACACAUCGUCUUUUACUUGUAAGUUUUGUUGGUUUGAUUGUUAAUUUAGUAGGAAUUUUUGCAUUCAAUCAUGGACACGACCAUGGACAUGGCCAUCAUCACCACCAUCACGGUCAUCAUCAUCAUCACGGUCAUGACCAUAGUCAUGGACAUAGUGCUAAUAUGCAAGGCGUAUUUUUACAUAUUAUGGCUGACACCUUAGGCUCAGCUGGUGUGAUUGUAUCUACGUUAUUAAUUCAAUGGUUUGGUUGGACUGGUUUUGAUCCCAUUGCUUCAUUAUUUAUUGCUGUAUUAAUCAUCAUGUCUGUUAUUCCCUUGAUUCGUCAGUCUGCAUCUGUAUUGAUGCUUACGUUAACUGAUGAGACGGUGAAUGAGGUUGAAGGUACACUUGAGGAAGUAAAACGAUUAGAAGGUGUUAUAGGUGUUGAUGUUUAUCGUUUUUGGCCUAAUGAAGCAGAGACAGUCAUUGGUUCUCUUCAUGUAUUUAUCCAAGAAGGUGUGAAAGGACAAGAGAUUCGUCAAGCUGUUACUGAUCUUUUUAUGAGUCAUGUAAAAGGAAUGAAAGAGAUUUGUGUGCAAGUAGAGUCUAUUAAUUCUACUCGACUCUUAAAGAAGAAACAACAACAACAACAACAACAUUAUAAUCAUUCUAUGGAACAUCCUUAUACAUCUAAUGAUCAUGUUAACUUUAGAUCCACCUUACUUCCUCAGCCCACAUUCGCAACAACAGAAUUCUCUACAAAUCAACCUGCAUUGUUGUUGUCCAAGUCAUUGAAAAAGAAGGAUUAG